GAAAGAUAGAAGGGAAGAAGUUUUGCUGCUAUACCUGUGAGCCGUGCCCAGAAGGGAAGAUCUCCAAUGAAACAGCAUGGUGACCAAGUUCUACCAGCGCGUCCUGACACUGGCAUAUGCUAUAAAGAAGGUCAAUGAGGACCCUCAGCUCUUGCCCAACAUCACCCUUGGAUUUCGCAUCUAUGAUACCUACUACUUAGAGUUGAUGGCCUAUCGGACUGUUCUAGAUUUGCUUUCCAAAUCACACCAAUUCCUCCCCAACUACGAAUGUGGCACAGAAAAAAACCUGAAGGCCGUUAUUGGGGGACUGAGCUCUGAUAUCUCCGUCCACAUUGCAGAACUUCUACAAUCUUACAAGAUUCCACAGCUUGCAUAUGGAUCAUUUUCACCAGAGGAGGAUGACAAAAUACAGAUGCUUUCCUUCUACCGCAUGGUCCCCAAUGAAUCCCAACAGUAUAUGGGCAUAAUCCAUUUGCUGAAGCAUUUUGGAUGGACCUGGAUUGGCCUUUUCGCUCCCGAUGAUUACAGUGGAGAUAAUUUCUUGAAGGUCCUGGAGCCAUUGCUGUCUGACAAGGGAUUGUGUUCAUCCUUCACACAAAGACUCCCACACCAUGGUCGUUUAAUUGAUAGCAAGAAUGAUAACUUUUAUGUGCCUCCCGUGGAUGACAGAACCAAACUUCAUCCUUUUCUUCGAGCCACUUCCAUUAACAAUUCCGUGGGAGAAACAGUGUCUUUCGAUAGUCAUGGGGAAUUGGUCGGUGGAUUCGAUAUCAUGAGCAUAAUGUUAUUCCCGAACAAUUCUAUGAAGAAAGUAAAAAUUGGAAGAGUGGAUCCCAGUGCUGCCGAUGGGGGGAAAGUGUUCAUUCAAGAGGAUGGAAUUGAAUGGAGCACAACCUUUAACCAGACACUUCCAAUCUCUGCCUGCUGUGACCCUUGUGAUCCUGGCUACUGGAAAACAAAGAUUGAAGACAAGAAAUUUUGCUGCUACAGUUGCAAUCCAUGCCCAGAAGGGAAGAUUUCCAAUGAAAUAGAUGCAGAAGCAUGCUCCGAUUGCCCAGAUGAUCAGUUUCCAAGUGAAAACAAAGAUCAUUGUGUCUUCAAAACAAUAAACUUCUUGUCUUAUGAAGAGCCUUUAGGGAUCACUUUAGCCAUCAUUGCUAUUUCUGUUUCCUUGAUUACAAUGCUGGUUCUUGGAAUUUCUAUCAAGCACAGAGACACCCCCAUUGUCAAAGCCAACAAUCGGGACCUCACCUAUUCUCUCCUGGUCUCCCUCCUGCUCUGUUCCCUCUGUUCUUUCCUCUUCCUUGGCCAGCCUAACUCUCUGACCUGCCUUUUACGACAAAUGGCUUUUGGAGUCAUCUUCUCCAUAGCUCUUUCUUCUGUCUUGGCCAAAACUGUCACUGUGAUAGUUGCUUUCAUAGCUACCAAACCAGGCUCCAAUGUGAGAAAGUGGGUGGGGAAAAGGCUGGCCAACUCAAUUAUCUUUUCCUGCUCCUCUGUUCAGGUAUUGAUAUGCAUGUUGUGGUUAGCAUUCUCUCCCCCAUUCUCAGAUUUGGAUAUGCAUAGCACAACUGGGGAGAUCAUAGUGGAAUGCAAUGAAGGGUCCGCCAUCAUGUUUUAUUUGGUCUUGGGCUACCUGGGACUUCUUUCUGCCGUCAGCUUUACGGUGGCUUUCCUUGCCAGGAAGCUCCCCAAUAGUUUUAAUGAAGCCAAGUUCAUCACCUUCAGCUUGCUGGUGUUCUGCAGUGUUUGGGUUUCGUUUGUCCCCACCUACCUGAGCACCAAAGGGAAAUACAUGGUAGCUGUGGAGAUCUUCUCCAUCUUAGCCUCCACUGCUGGUCUGCUGGGCUGCAUCUUCUUCCCAAAGUGCUACAUCCUCCUCCUGAGACCAGAGUUAAAUAGCAAGGAUCACCUCAUAAGGAGAAAUAAUUUUAAAAAGUAA